CGUUGCUAUUGGUUGUGCUCCUUAUGCAGCUGCUUGUCAACAAGAUGGCCUUCUUCCUUCUGCCGUUUUAACACUGAUUAUUUUGGUAUUCCCGAGGACAUACCGUAAGCGGUGCUGUCACUUCUAUAUAGAUAGUGGGAGGCUGACUGCUACUGAGUCCCAACGAGUCUUAGAGCGCUGACAGGCACACGAGCAUAUCGACAGCAUACACCACUAGAGAAGCUGGUAACAGACUGUAGCUGCUGGCUAAUGUCCACGUUAGCAAGAGCUUAGCUACGUGGAUAGUUCACUCGUGUCAUUCUAUAUCACUCGUCAAACUGGGUCGAUCAGAGCAAAAUACAGCGAGGGAACUCUUCUCAUCUACAGCUUACACGUCUUCAAGGUUGUCGGUGGAAGUUAACAUUGCUUGGGUUUUAUCUCUGUGUUGCUGGUCACCUUGGCAGACGGUGCCCAUCAGGUUGGCACUGGAACAGGGAACCAACCAUGAGGGCUCUGUCUCUUAGUGUUUGCUGGCCAGUGUAAAUGCAGAUAUGCCCAGGGGGUCCCCAUCCUGAUGGACCGAGACACCUUCUCCCACAUCCGACUGUGGUGCCCGAGGCCUUUUGGCACCUACUCCCAGAACAAAGCUCGGAGCCCAGGCUCAGGGGGCAGCAGUGGAGGGGGUGGUGGAGCUGGGGCCCCUUCCCUCUGCAAGGUUGAGGCAUCUUCAGGUGCUGGAAGGGUGGGUAAUGGAAGUGAGGAUGGAGGGAUGAUAGUGGGGGUGCAGGAGCAGAAUGGCGAUGAGGAGGAUGUGGGCUCAGAGAACACUCCACCUGAACCUGAACUUGAAUCCAGCUCACUUACACAGGCCCAGGCCCCUCCACCCUCUUCAGUCCCUCCUUCACCUAUGCCUGGGUCCCAGUUGGAAGAUGGUCGUGUGCUGUUAGACACGUGGUAUGUAAUCAAGCCAGGCAACACCAAGGAGAAGAUUGCCUUCUUUGUUGCUCAUCAGUUCAGUGGAGCAGGUCAGUCCAGACCCAGUGCAAUGAAGGUUAAAGGAAAUUGGGCAACUGACUGCAGUAAAGCAAAACGGCGAAGACGGUGCUCUUCCUAUGACCCACCAACACGCUCCCAAGUCUCAGAGCCACACCCUAGCCAUGACUCCUCUCUUGCACCUUUGAGUCCUGAUAAGCCACCAUUUGGAAGAGUGAAUGAAACAGACCUCCUGUCAGUUGCAGAGAUGGUUGCCUUGGUUGAGCAGAGGACUGCUAUGGCCCUCCAGGGGAUUGUAGCUGUUCAUGGGAACCAACACCAGCAUACCCAAUCUACUACUCACAAUCAGGGCCUUGUCCCCCACCAGCACACUCUACUGCGUGGCACAGUGUCAGACCCUACACCUUUAGUAUUUGUGUCAGACAGUUCAAAUGGCCAGUCAUCCAAAGAGGCCCAGCAAUCAUCAUCUGCCAUCCAGACAGACCAGGAGCUAGAAGAGCAGCAGGAGUCAUGUAGAGUAGCUCAGGCUAUAGCACAUUUUGAGUCCCAGAACCUGGAGAAUCGGCUCCAUUUGGGCACUGGUUCUAUGGACCCCUCCAAUCGAGACAGAGACAGGGGGGCAAGUAGAGGAGAGUCUGGCCUUGUAACGCCACCUCCACCACCCAGCCACAGUCAUGGUGAAGUUAGAAUAGCUUUUAGAGUGUCAAAUCUGGACCCACGGUCUCAGUUGGAGACAAUUGGCAGAUCCCGCUGUAUGUUUAUGAGCUGUGGUGGUGGAAGCAACCAGGCAGCAGUCAGGGCCAAAGAGAAAAUCACCUGUGACCUCUACCAGCUUGUCAGCCCCUCAUCUAAAGACCCUAGUAGUCUCCUACUUGCUGCCACAACUGCUGCCCCCAAAACAGAUGGAGACCAUCACCCAGACAGGGUGGCCUGUGGCAGCCCAGACCCAACACAAGAGCUUUCCUCUGCUGAGAAGAAAGCUGUGAGUGUGGGUAGAGAGCGAGUAACUGGCUUUCAUGUGGAGGUUGUGGUUACAGGUGCUGUGGACCAAUGUGUGUUUUAUGGCAAGGACAGCACAGAGAAUGUGCAGGAGGAGACUGUGUGUUUUGCUAUGCCUACUGGGAGAGGGAGUGGGGGUGCAGGCAGCUCUACUGAUCCUUCAUUAGAUGACCCUCCUCCUGGACAGCUCUUUUUCCUUCAGCCUCCUCGGGGACCAGAGGAAGAUAUCAAAGGGAUGGGCCCUGGCAUUGGCUCAGGAAUGUGCUCUUUGGACUGUGCCAACAACAACAACAGCAGCCCAGGAGCAGGUGUACAAGUGGGCUCCCUGGAGCGGGCAACUCGACCAGACUCUCCUGGUGUUGUGGAAGAUUGUUCAGACCCCUCACUAUGUCGCCUCUACCGCCAUGUGUCGCAUGACUUCCUGGAGAUUCGCUUUCAGAUUCAGCGACUACUUGAACCGCGCCAGUACAUGCUGCUGCUGCCCGACCACAUCAUGGUCAACAUCUUUAGUUAUUUGCCCACACGCUCCUUGGCAGCCCUCAAAUGCACCUGCCACUACUUUAAGAUGUUGAUUGAGACAUAUGGUGUGCGAGCAGUGGAUUCACACUGGAAUCAAGACCCUCUCUACAGGGAUGACCCCUGCAAGCAGUGCAAACGGCAAUACGAGCGUGGCGAUGUUUCCUUGUGCCGUUGGCACCCCAAACCUUACCACCAUGACCUGCCUUACGGACGUUCCUACUGGAUGUGCUGCCGACGUACAGACAAGGACACGCCAGGCUGCCGUGUUGGGCUGCACGAUAACAACUGGGUCCAGCAGCCUGCUGAUGGUUCUCAGCCCAUCCGCACCAAGAGAGAAAACAGGAGGGAGGAGGCCAGGUAAAGAAGGAAAGACUGUACCCUUCACACCAAUUCUCAUCUCCUCCGUUCUCCCUCUCACCUCUGUCCAGUGGACAAAUAGGGGAAAAGACAGAGAGGAGAAAUGAGCACUCCAGGACUGUUUGUGUUUUACUUGGAUCCAGCAGUCCCUUCUCAUACUUGCCCUAAUUGGAGGUUGAGAGAUAAAGAAGGAAGAGAGGUGUGUCAUGCUCCUUGCCUUGUUUUUUUGUUCCAAACCCUCCAGGAUCCCUCUGUGUCCAGAGUGGCACCUUUUUAAAAGAUUGCAUACCAGGGUUGGGUCCCCUCCUGCUGCUGCUGUGUCCAUCAGCCCUCUUUCUGCGUCUUAAUCAUUUGAGUCUCUUUUAAACUCACAUACAUGGUUGUAGGGUAAUUCACAUGUUAACUUUGCAGUGUAGUUAAAUGAGAUUAGCAUUCAUUAAGUGACGCAUAGAAAUGUACUGCCCUGGAGCCUGCUUACUGUUCCAAUACUUGUUCUGUGUGGCAUCACAAACCUCCAUGUUAGCUGUACAAUGGUGCUUCAAGGAAUAAGACAUUACAACCGGUGUACAUUUUCAGUGAUGGAAUGUUCAACAUUGCUCAAGAAAUGUGAUUGUAUAAAGCAAACUUGAUUUUACCUUC